CAUAUCUCCCUGUCCUCCCCGCCCUGUGCAGCGAACCUUCUCUUCCGCUCCCCUUAUUUAAUUUCACUCAGCUGGACACCAGUUUGCGCACAAGUCGUCAAUAUGGCUGCCGCCGGUGCUCAGAAUACCGUGGACAUCGCCAUGGCUCACGAGCCCAAGGUCGCCACGCCUGCCUACGAGCUGAGCGAGAAGAAAGCAAUGGCCGAAAGCACACAUGCUGCUAGCGUUGCUGGGCCUAUCGAGGUGGUCAACGAAGCCGAUUUGAUUGGCGAAGAGCCCACCGAGGAAGACUUGCUCACCUUAAGACGUGUGUCCGGCAAGAUCCCUUGGACUGCUUACACUGUCGCUUUCGUCGAGUUGUGUGAGCGUUUCGGUUACUAUGGAUGCUCUGUGCUGUAUACCAACUAUGUUCAGCAGCCUCUGCCAGCUGGUCAACCCACAGGUCGGGAUCCUGGUUCGGAAGGUCAACCAGGAGCUUUGGGUAUGGGACAGCGUGCCGCUUUCGGUAUCACAACAUUCAACUCCUUCUGGAGUUAUGCCUGUCCUAUUCUCGGUGCCAUCAUCGCUGAUGAAUAUCUCGGUCGCUUCAACACCAUCUUCGUCGCCAUUGCCUUCUCCAUUCUUGGUCACAUCCUCUUGGUCAUUUCCGCGCUGCCUACUGUGCUCGCCGGCGAUGCUGCUAUCGCGCCAUUCAUUCUCGGUGUCAUCAUCCUCGGUUUCGGAACUGGAGCAUUCAAAGCCAACAUCUCUCCACUGGUUGCCGAGCAGUACAAGCAGACCAAGCUGCGUGUGGUGAUCGACGAAAAGACUGGCGAGCGUGUUCUUUCUGACCCCACCAUCACCGUAUCUCGCAUUUUCAUGUACUUCUACAUGUUCAUCAACAUCGGUUCCUUGUGUGGCCAGAUCAGUAUGGUGUACGUUGAGAAGUACGUCGGAUUUUGGUGCGCUUUCCUGCUUCCCACCAUCAUGUUCUGCUUCUGCCCUGUCGUUCUUUGGUUCUGCCGCAACAAGUAUGAGCGAAGCCCCCCAACCGGCUCUGUUCUCAUCCGUGCUUUCAAACUUUGGCGUUUGGCACAGAAGGGCAAGUGGUCUCUCAACCCUGUCCAGACUCGCCGCAACCUCAAGGCAGCCAACUUCUGGGAGGACGUCAAACCUAGCCAUCUCGGGACCAGCAAGCCCAGCUGGAUGACAUUCGAUGACGCUUGGGUUGAUCAAGUUGCCCGUGGUCUUCGCGCUUGCUCGUGCUUCGGCUGGAUCCCCAUUUACUGGCUCUCCUACAAUCAGAUGAACAACAACUUGACAUCUCAGGCCGCGACCUUGAGGCUGAACGGUUUCCCCAACGAUGUUAUCACCAACAUUAACCCAAUCUCCCUCGUUAUAUUCAUCCCGAUCGUUGACAACUUCCUGUACCCAUUCCUCCGUCAGAAGGGUAUUCGCUUCACACCCAUCAAGCGCAUGACACUUGGUUUCUUCCUCGCCUCCAUGGCCAUGGUUGCCGCGACUAUCAUUCAGAAUGAGAUCUACAAGCAGGGAUCUUGUGGCUUUUACAUGAACAAGUGCGACGAUCCUGCCCCCAUCAGUGUGUGGGUGCAGAUUGCUCCCUACACUCUUGUCGGUUUCUCUGAGAUCUUCACUUCUAUCACUGGUCUUGAGUUCGCCUUCACCAAAGCACCCAAGAACAUGCGAUCGCUUGUGACUUCGUACUGGCACUUCAUGUCUGCCUUUUCCGCUGCUCUCGGCCAGGCCUUCGUCUCUGUCUCUGAGGAUCCCCUUCUCGUCUGGAACUAUGGUACCGUUGCUGUGCUUGCUUUCCUUGCCUGUAUCGGUUUCUGGUUCCACCAAAGGCCUACCGACAAGCGAGAAGACGCCUUCAACAUGCUUGCUGACACCACCUAUGUCGGCCGCAAGAAGAAGGAUGUCGAGGAGGAUAUGGAGGAGGAGGCUGUCAAGGCUUAA